GCGUGCGUGAUGACAUCACUGCAGCUCGGUGGCAAAGAUGGCUGCGCCCGCUGCAGGCGUGUACGGCAAGAUGGAGACACCCGGGGGAAGCGAGGAGACGGGAGGAAGAGUGACAGAGCCCAUCCCCGGCUUCACCGACACUGAUGCGUUCGUUAAGUACGCCCUCGGAACAGUCGUCGGUGCCACGAAGGCCUCCACCGGGAUCCCACAGUGCGGCGAUGAGUACGACUUCUACCGCAGCUUUCCCGGUUUUCGGGCGUUCUGUGAAGAGCAGGGCGACCACCUACUACACUGUAUGAGUCGGAUUAUGCAGUAUCAUGGCUGCCGCAGUCAUCUUAAGGACCGCAGCAAAGUCACCGCGUUGGAGGAUAAGUACGAUUUACUGGUGGACGCCAAUGACGCCGUCCUGGAGCGCGUGGGUAUUUUACUUGAUGAGGCGUCUGGUGUGAACAGGACUCAGCAGCCGAUCCUCCCCGCCGGUCUGCAGGCUCCGAAGACCAUCGUCUCCAGCUGGAACCGCAAGAGCAGCGACUCCUCCAAGAAAGGCAAAGCGGAGACAUUCCGGCUGCUUCACGCCAAGAACAUCCUCAGACCGCAGCUCCGCUUCAAGGAGAAGAUCGAUAACUCCAACACCCCCUUCGUCCCAAAAAUCUUUGUGAAGCCCAAUGCUGAGAAGCCGCUGCCAGAAGUUCUGAAGAACAGACGGGACAGGCAGCCGUGCCCCGAAGACUCCGACAUCCCCUCAGCUCUGGCCGACUUUAUCCAUCAGCAGAGAAUGAAGCCGACCGAGGAGGACAUGGUCUCGCACCCCUAUCAGUAUGAACUGGACCACUUUGUUCCUGUGGAGUCGUCCCUAAAGAUGCCGGAGGUCCAGCCCUACACCCCCCUGAACGAGACCCCCUGUCACUUCAUCUCCACCCUGGACGAGCUGGUGCAGUUAAAUGAGAAGCUGCUGCAGUGCUCAGAGUUCGCUGUGGAUCUGGAGCAUCACUCGUACAGAAGUUUCCUGGGUUUCACCUGCCUCAUGCAGAUCUCCACCCGCACAGAUGACUUUAUCAUUGAUGUCCUGGAGCUGCGCAGUGACAUGUAUAUUCUGAAUGAGAGCUUCACACACCCCGCCAUCGUAAAGGUUUUGCAUGGUGCAGACUCGGACAUUGAGUGGCUCCAGAAGGACUUUGGUUUGUACAUUGUGAACAUGUUUGAUACCCAUCAAGCUUCUCGCUUACUGAACCUGGCGAGGAACUCUCUGGACCAUCUGCUGCGACAUUACUGCAAUGUGGAGUCCGAUAAGAAAUACCAACUCGCUGACUGGAGAAUCCGACCCCUGCCAGAAGAAAUGCACCAGUACGCCAGAGCCGAUACCCACUACCUGCUGUAUAUCUACGACCGCAUGAGGACCGAGCUGAUGAAUGCUGGAAAUGAUCAGCAGAACCUACUCCACCUCGUCUGGCAGAGGAGCAAAGACAUCUGUCUGAAGAGAUUUGUGAAGCCUAUAUACACAGAGGAUUCCUACCUUGAGUUAUACCAAAAAUUAAAGAAACAUCUGAACACACAGCAGUUGUCCGCCUUCCGUCUUCUUUUUGCUUGGAGAGACAAGAUGGCCCGACAGGAGGAUGAGAGCACGGGAUACGUCCUGCCCAACCACAUGUUGAUGAAGCUCUCCGAGGAACUUCCUAAGGAACCCCCGGGGAUCAUUGCCUGUUGUAACCCGGUUCCUCCGCUCGUUAGACAACAGAUUAAUGAAUUGUGUCUUCUCAUCCAGCAAGCUCGAGAGAAGCCAUUGCUGAAGUCUGAAACAAGCUCUGCGAAGAAGAAGGGCCCCAUGCCGAACCCUGAGAAAAUGGAGACUUUCCUGUUCGGUCCUCACGAUUUGUCAAAAACCCCCAUGGCGCAGCUCCUCUUGGCCGGAGCAGCUGUAGAAAUCGCCACAGGCAGCCUGUUCAAUGAUGAGGAUCCUGCUCUCCCCGCGACGCACGAUCCUGUCACCGUGCGCGCCGAGGCCACCAUCACCUGCUUCACUGGUCCUGAAGACGAUGACGAAGAUGAUGAUUAUAUGACCGGACUCUCUCAGGCUCAGAUGAAGGCUAGAAACAUAAUGGAUUCCUUCGACAAUCCGUUCCGCAUGUUUCUUCCAUCAGAUAUCCGGGGAGCUCACGCCUCUCAAGCAGCAAAGCUGGACCCGAAUACGAAGAUGUUUGAGAUCAGUAACCGCUGGAAGCUGGUGAGCAUCGCACAGCAAGAGCGAGAGGCCAAAGCCAAGGAGGAGGCUCGACAGAAGAGGCAGGCCGACAAAGCUGCUCGAGAAAAGGCCAAGACGGAGUUCAAAAAUACUGCGAAGAAUGUAAAAUCUGUGCGGGAGCUAGUAACGGAAGAAGCGAAUAAGAAGCGUGAGCGUGCAGCAAGUGAGGCAGAGACUGUGACGCCCAAAGCGGACAAGAAACGCGCCAAACACUCAGAAGAGGCUGCGGAGCCGGAGGUCCAGGCGGAGUUCACACCAUUUGACUACGGCAAAUCAAACUUUAAAGUAUUUGCAGGCAGCAGCAAUGUGAAGGGUCAGGCCGACUUCGACCCCAAUAAACAAACGCCUCAAGGGAAGAAAAAUCCCUCGGGGAAGAAGGGUCACCAGGCGAUGGGGAACAAGAGCAUGUCCUUCAUCGGAGGGAAGUCAGACAGGGGCUUCAGACACAGUUGGCCUAAGAGAUAACAAGGUCUGUGAAGAAUCCAAUUGGAAUACACGCGUUUUACCAUCUGUCGUCUUUUAUUAUUAAAGCUUUUAUUUACUGAAG